AUGAAAGUUCAAGAAGAAGUUGACAAGAGUGUUGGGCUUCUCAUUCCUUCUAAUUUUAGAGGUGAUACAACGAAUGCUAGUUACGAUAACGAUACUGAAAUGAUGAGUGACGCCGAAAAGACCGUGACUUCUGCCGGGAAUGAUCUUUCCAAUAAUACCAACACUAGUAAUGAUGAUGACGAUGAUAUUAUUCCAACCGCCAUUGUGAUCAAAAACAUUCCGUUUGCGCUAAAGAGAGAACAGUUAUUGGACUUCAUGACUUCUUUGGAUUUACCAUUGCCUUACGCUUUUAAUUAUCACUUCGAUAACGGCACUUUUAGAGGUCUGGCUUUCGCCAAUUACAACUCUGAAGUGGACACAGCUAAAGUAGUUAAUGAACUGAAUGAAAAAGAAGUGGGUGGUAGAAAUUUGAGAGUUGAAUAUAAGAAAGUACUCCCACAGGAAGAAAGAGAGCGUAUUGAACGUGAAAGACGGUUAAAGCACCAAAAUCAAAAGAAAGCGCAAUGGAAACAACAGCAGCAACAACAGCAACAACAGCAACAACAACAACAGCACCAGCACCAGCACCAACAACAACAGCAACAGCAACAGGUCACCAACAAUAAUGUUUCAACCUCUGCCGGUGGGUAUAGGAAUGUACUACAGAAUUCAGAUGGUAGUAAUAGUGACUUGACUAACAGUCCCAUGCACAAUAAUAACUCUGUGGGGACUAUUGACCACCAUAGGGGUUCAGUUAUCAGUAUAGAAAGUAGUAUUAAUGGAAACAACAGUAAUCCUAACUCCUCACCACUUGACCAGCCUCAAAAUCACUUACACUCAAUGCCAAAUAGUGCAGGUAAAUGUUUUGCACCUCUACCAACUGGUGUUUCGCCUUUGGCUAAUAAUGUAGUUUUAUCUUCUAGUUCGAAUAACCCAUUGGCGCUUGACAUGAAUGAUCCAGAUACUUUAGAAAUUUACUCCCAGUUACUUCUAUUUAAGGACAGAGAGCAUUUAUACACAGAACUGAUAUAUCCAAGCGGUAUUGCCAACUCUUUGAGAAGAAUUCUUGACCUAUGUUGCUCAGCACUCGGUUUGAUUGAGUCUUCAGAUCCAAAUUUUAUUACUAUUAGAAGAAAGACAAAUAAUUACGACUUCCAGAAGCAAUUAGGAGAGAGCUCAGGAACCAUGGUUGACCAUGGUAUGAUUGACCAACCUCUAAAUUCAACAUCAACAGGAGGAGAAUCUUUAUCAAGUUCUCAGUCUUAUACUAGUCUUUCAAACACACGACUAUCUUUGUCCUUGGUCAAUUCUACGAACACCUCAGAUUAUAUUCCCACUAUGAAUCAACAUGGUAUUUCAAAAAGUACAGCCUUAUUCCCACAAGCUGUUACUAAUGACUCUCCAAAUGUAAGAUAUGCAAACAGCGCUUCGGGACAAAGUGGAUCAUCGAUUCUCCAUGCCUCAUCAUACAUGGAUCCUCAUAACCAAACUUCGACUACUAGUUCCGGCCUAAAUAUUAGUGGCUUUUUUAAUGGGAGAAGCUCUAGCAUUAGUGGACAAGGGAUGUCAUCCAAUUAUAUGUUACAAAGACAAAGAGUUCCUGUUCCAUUUUUCUCCAAUCAAAACAACAGUGACUUACGUGUCAACGGUUACAACAGUCAAAAAUCUACAAAGAUAGGAGUAAUGGGUGCUGGUCAAGGCUUAGGCCCACAUUUAACGAAUGGAUCUACAGUAUCCGCGGCAACAAAUAUGACGACAAAUUAUGGGAUUAUCCAAGGUAACGAGCUUUUUAACGAAUAUGAACAGCAGCCCCCAAUAAGCCGGGGUAUUUGGUGA